UGAUGAGGUGGGAUGAGAGCCCCCCCCUCCUCCCCGCCUCCUUUUUUUGCACUCAUUGCGGGCGCACCCUCAACUCCCGCCACCUCCAAUCAAUUAGUCAAUCAAUUAGCCGGCCACUACCCCACGCGCGGUCAUCGCGAGGCAGAUUGGAUCAGUAAUGCUCAAAUUAUUUCUUAAUCGUUGAUAAUGGACUCAUUAAAUUAGUUUAUUGUUUUCUAGAAAGAAAAAAAAAGAUAAUUUUAAAGGUUUCUGUGUUGGAUUGUGCGUAAAGGGCGUGCGUAAAAGCGAAAAAAACUCAUCCUUUUUUCAGUCCAGGCUGAAAUUACGCACAAUAAAUUACAUUUAAAAAUAUAUGACAUAUUUUAUGUUUCAAAACUAAAAAAAUAUAUAUUUUUUGAAAAUGUUCUGAUGGAAUGGUAAAGCUCGUUCAGCCAGGAACGCAUCGGCUUUCUCCCUCUCUCCAGCCCAUCUCCAAACCCUGACAGGAGUUUGAAGUUUCCGGGCUCAUGCCGGACGCUGUGAUUGGCCCAGGAGGAGCUUACCUACAUGCAAAUGAAGCAACGCAACCUUGCUGCCUCUGAUCCAGAGCGUGAUGAGGAGAACCAGGAAUACACUCAUGUUCCUCUGCGCUCUAGAAAAAAACACACCCAACGUUUAAACGGCACAGUAAACAGGCUGGGGUGGGAAGAGAAAAAAAAUCAAGCCGACAAAAGAAGCUUUCGAAAUUUUUUACGCAUCAUUCGUUUAGAAAGCAAUCACGGAAUACAAGCGGACAGACCGAUUCAGUCAACACUUCGAUACUGUUAUGAAGCGAGAAUGAGUAGCGCAGAGGACAGCGGGAGCAAGUGCUCGUCGGGCCCGAUUUCCAGCUUUACCAUCCAGUCCAUUUUGGGCACGCCGUCCGAUGAGCCGCGCUCCGGGACCAAAGAGCUCUCCAAGGGCGCGCCGCCGCCACCUCCGCCGCGGAGGCGCUCUCUGUCCGUGUCCUCAGAGGAGGAGUGCAGCGGCGGGGAGGACUCGGCGGACUGCUUCUGCUCCGACACGGGUCACAGCGAGCGCUGUACGCAGCACCAACCCCACAACUUCUCCUGCCUAGGUCCUGGAAAAGGACUUCUUUCCGGGGCUGAGGGGCUCCCCCGGCGGCCGCACCUGUCCCAGCCUCUGCUGCAGGAUUAUAAGGAGGAGCAGGACCGACCGUGCCAUCAAAUGUCCCCGCUGUCGGACGACAGGCAGACGGACGGAGCGGACAAGCAGAGCAACUCGGCCAAGAAGAAGACGCGCACGGUUUUCUCCCGGAGUCAGGUGUACCAGCUGGAGUCCACCUUCGACAUGAAGCGGUACCUGAGCAGCUCGGAGCGGGCCUGCUUGGCCUCCAGCCUGCAGCUGACGGAGACUCAGGUCAAGACGUGGUUUCAGAACAGGAGGAACAAAUGGAAACGGCAGCUCUCUGCGGAACUGGAGGCGGCCAACAUGGCCCACGCGUCCGCACAGACAUUAGUGGGGAUGCCGCUGGUUUUCAGAGAUAACAACUUGCUGCGCGUACCGGUUCCCCGCUCCAUCGCCUUCCCGACGCCCCUCUACUACCCGGGGAGCAACCUUCCAGCUUUACCUUUAUACAACCUGUACAACAAAAUCGAGUACUGACAGUCCACAACUCUCAUAAGUGUCUCCACAUAACCCCUGUAUAUUAUUGUAUCACUUCUUUAUUUGUUGGAAAAACUCAAUUAUGCAAAAAAAGCUGUAAGUUUCUUAAAAAAAGCAAUUAAGCCUGCCAUGUGUAUAAUUAUAAAUAUCACUUUUGUACUUUCAUUUUCUUUAUCCUUCUUUUACAAUAUUUGGCUUCCUCGUUUCAUUUCAAAGUGAUUGGAGGCAAAACAUUAAAAAUGAAUUGGGCUGAAAUUUUCCACACGGAAAAAAAUAUAUAAAUAUAUAUAUUUGUUUUUAUUGUAAUUUAAGUAUUCAGUUAUAACCUCAUUCAAUAAAUUUUCUAUUUCAGAGAGAA